AUGCAGGCACUGCGGAAGCAUCCCAAGGAGGUCAAAUCUGAGGAAGACAUGAAGAAAAAGUUGGUUUCCGUAGAGAAGAAGUUGCAGCCAGAUCGAUUUGACAUUUUACAGGUACAAGUUGGCAGUGAUUAUGAGGUUGAUGGUAUCCAAGCAACUAGAUUUGUAUUCGAAGAAAAUGCUCUUGACAAUGGACAUCUAGAUGUGAGAAAUAAGUGUUUCUGCAGAAAAGGUGAAUGUCUGACAAGAGGUUUAAUAGACGUUACAGACUGCUACUAUGGAUUUCCGAUAGCGCUGAGUUAUCCUCAUUUUUACGAUGCUGAUCCCGAACUUCUCACAACGAUAGAAGGGCUUCAUCCCAAUGGAUCAAUUCAUGGUAGUUUCUUCAUGAUAAAUGCGAUGUCCGGUUUGCCGCUGAAACUCUCGGUAAAGUUCCAAAUCAACAUGGCAAUGGGAGAUAUAACGAAUAUGGCAGAAUGUGAGCGGUUUUCGAAUGUAGUUAUACCUACUUUAUGGUUUGAAAUAACGAUGGUCCAACUACCGAAGGCACUGAGGAAUCGGUUUCUGUUUUACCUCUAUUACCUCAGAAUAUUUGACCGAAUUGUAUAUUAUGCACUAUUCAUAGGAGGAUCAUUGCUCCUAUUGUUUUCUGUGCUACGUGUAUCAGUCUCCAUAUCAGCGAUGUUCUCAACAUCUCACCGUAUAUCUACUGUACGGAAAAAUCAUAUAAGCUCCGACAUCAAUAGCCAAGGGAACCGCAGAAAUUCUAUUCUGAAGAACAAUACAUCAAAGCUAGAAUCAGGAUCAGAACAAGAACGAGAGCAAUUUCUUCUUCGAUAACGAGGGAAUGAAACAUUUCUUAUUUAUUACUUAGAGUUAAGUUUCAAAUGUAUAUUACUUUAACCGUCAUGCGCGUGAUGCAAUACCCGGGAUCCCAGCUCCCAGUUGAAUAAGAUGGGGAAGAAACAAAAACAAAAAAAAUCUAAACGCACAUAAGAGUUAAAUAAACAAUAACUCGAAAAUGACUCGAAAAUAUAAAUAUGAUAAAAUGUUUUAUUUGAAUUUGUGUUUGUAUUUAUUAAAUAAAUUAAACCUUUGUGUCAGUUACAAAUGCAUUAUACGUUACUCAGACAUAUAUCCAUAUAAGUUUAUGCAAAUUAUAUUUUUAAGUUUUUAAAGCGUUUUAAUAUAUAGUUUUGAAAAAUACCAGCUACCCACUAGGGUGGAGGCUAGAUCCCUCCCUGG